AUGGUAUCGCGAAGCAGCAGCCGCAACACGGCGCAAGACCAGCACUUCCUGCUUGCCCUCCGUGCCACUGCUUCUGCCAUCUCUUGCGCCGGUGUUGCCACCCUGCAAGCGCGGCAGCUCCUCAUUACACAAACCGCGAGCCCACUUGGGGAAGCUGCUGUGGUCCAGGCCACCAGUGGACUGGCAACCGCAUAUUCCCUGGGCAGCGUGGCAGAGUUUUUCUUAAGCCCAGUGUUUGGCAAGAUGUCUGAUCGCUUUGGAAGAAAGCCGAUCCUGCUUUUUUUCAUGAUCGGGCCAGCAAUCAUGCGCACGCUGUGUGCACUUGUCGAGCAACCUGUGGCCAGAAUACGAUUGCUGUGGUUGGACUUUGCAUCGGCGCGGGCUGUUGGCAUCCAACCUUUCCUGGGCAUGUGUGGCACUAUGAUCACAGAUGUUUUCACUGUCGACCAGCAGCCAGCUGCCAGAGCACAGCUAGCUGCUUCACAGGCCUUGGGCGGCAUUCUCGGAAACUAUUUGUCUGGUUGGUGGAGCCUGCAGGCAGGCCCGAGGUCGACCUAUCUCUGCACAGCAGCUGCACCCUUGUUUUCCCUUGCCUUUGCUGCAGCUUGCUUGCCUGAAACAAACGCAGAGAUCAAAGAUGGACGGCCUUCCAGGGACGGGCGAGGCUCUUGCAGUGUCACCACCGACGGUAAAACGAGGAGUGCUUACAGAACACUGCUUCUUGAUCCGGAGAGCUUGCUGAUCGGUGGCGCGCUCGGCCUCUAUGAGUUCCUGAACUAUGCGCCGCUGAACUCGGUGGCGAUCCUUUUCAUGAAAGAGCGUCUCAAUUGGGGCCCACUAGAAGCAGGGCGCUUUGCUUCUGGACACGCUCUGGCGGGGUUCUGCGCAUCUAUGUUGGCAAGAACAUUAAUGCAGUUCUUUGGCAAAAGGCUGUAUGUCAGCAUUACCAACCUGUUGACCAGUGUGGCCUACGCGACAUGGGCCGUAUCCAAGACUGGCCCAAGCCUAAUCGCAUGCCUGCUACCCUUGAGCUUUAGCGGGACGGGCGGAGCCACCGUUUUGGUGACUCGAUAUAUGGAACGGGCUAUGCAGCUUGGGCUGUCACCAGGCGAAGCCAUGGGAGUGAGGUCUGCCAUCGGAGCGGUGGCUCGGAUGAUCGCACCGCAGCUCUUCACCCGCCUAUGGCUGCGAGCCGCUGCGCAGAAGGGUCAACCACGAGCUUUGCCACUGGGAGCACCCAUGCUAUCUGUAGCUCUGAUCGCCAUCAUCCAGGAUGCGGAGUCGGUAGUCGUGGUGUUUGUGUGGCAGUUCUGCAACGUGCUGCAAUCUCGUCACGCGUUUGCACCUCCGCAGGAGAUAGCAGAUGACGGUUUUGCCAGCAACACAAAAAUCUGGCACGCUAGCUCUUGCUUGAGUGAGCUCGGACUUGCAGCGGCCAUGGCAUCGCGAAGAAGCCGCAAUGCCUUGGCUGAUAACCCCGACUUCAUGCGCAUCCUGCGUGCCACUGCUUCUGCGAUCUCUUGCGCCGGUGUUGCCACCCUGCAAGCGCGGCAGCUCCUCAUUACACAGACCGCGAGCCCACUUGGGGAAGCUGCUGUGGUCCAGGCCACCAGUGGCCUGGCAACCGCAUAUUCCCUGGGCAGCGUGGCAGAGUUUUUCUUAAGCCCAGUGUUUGGCAAGAUGUCUGAUCGCUUUGGAAGAAAGCCGAUCCUGCUUUUUUUCAUGAUCGGGCCAGCAAUCAUGCGCACGCUGUGUGCACUUGUCGAGCAACCUGUGGCCAGAAUACGAUUGCUGUGGCUGGACUUUGCAUCGGCGCGUGCUAUUGGAAUUCAGCCGUUUAUCGGCAUGUGUCAAACAAUGAUCACAGAUGUCUACCCGGUCGAUAAGCAGCCAAGAGCUCGAGCUCAAUUGGGUGCAUCUCAGGCCUUCGGCAACAUUCUGGGAAACUACUUGUCCGGUUGGUGGAAUGCGAGAGCAGGUCCUCGUUCCACGUAUCUUUGCACGGCAGCUGCACCAUUACUUUGUCUGGCCUUUGCUUCGGCAUGCUUGCCGGAAACGAACCGAGAUGUCAAGGAUAGUAAGGCUUCAGGGGAGUCAGGAUCUGUGCCUACAUCACCGAAAACUCCUACUGCCAGAGGUGGGAAGAAGAGUGCUUACACCACGCUGCUGUUAGACCCGGAAUGCUGUCUUUUGGCGGGUGUGCUGGGCAUGUAUGAGUUCCUGAACUAUGCACCACUGAACUCGGUGGCGAUCCUUUUCAUGAAAGAGCGUCUCAAUUGGGGCCCGCUAGAAGCAGGGCGCUUUGCUUCUGGACACGCUCUGGCCGGGUUCUGUGGGUCCAUGUUGGCAGGCGAACUAAUUCAGUUCUUUGGCAAACGGCUGUAUGUCAGCGUGACAAACCUGUUGACCGGUGUGGCCUACGCGACAUGGGCCGUAUCCAAGACUGGCCCUAGCUUGAUCGCAUGCCUGCUGCCGCUCAGCUUUGGGACAGGUGGAAACACCGUGCUGCUGACACGCUUCGUCGAGCGAGCCGUGCAGCUGGGCCUGUCACGUGGGGAGGCCAUGGGAGUCAUGUCCGCCAUCGGAGCCGUGGGACGGAUGAUCGCACCGCAGCUCUUCACCCGCUUGUGGCUUCGAGCCAUCGCUCAGAAGGGCCAACCACGAGCUUUGCCAUUGGGUGCCCCGAUGUUCGCAGUGGCCCUGAUCGCAGUGAUCCAGGAGCUACUCUAUCGAAGUUCCCUGCUUUUCCGCGAUCAUGAUCGCCCGAGAAGCGAAGAUCGAUCCUGA